AUGCCCGCCUCCCGUGAAGACUCCGUCUACCUCGCUAAAUUGGCUGAACAGGCCGAACGUUACGAGGAGAUGGUUGAAAACAUGAAGGCUGUCGCCUCUUCCGGUCAGGAAUUGUCCGUUGAGGAGCGUAACCUUUUGUCUGUCGCCUACAAGAACGUCAUUGGUGCCCGCCGUGCUUCUUGGAGAAUUGUUUCCUCCAUCGAGCAGAAAGAAGAAGUUAAGGGCAACGAGCAGCAGGUUUCUUUGAUCAGAGACUACCGCUCCAAGAUUGAGGCUGAAUUGACUAAGAUCUGUGAGGACAUUUUGUCCGUUUUGUCCGAUCACUUGAUCUCUUCCGCCCAGACCGGUGAGUCCAAGGUCUUCUACUACAAGAUGAAGGGUGACUACCACCGUUACUUGGCUGAGUUCGCCAUCUCUGAGAAGAGAAAGGAUGCCGCUGAUUUGUCCUUGGAAUCCUACAAGUCCGCUUCUGAUGUUGCCGUCACUGAGUUGCCCCCAACUCAUCCAAUCAGAUUGGGCUUAGCAUUGAACUUCUCCGUCUUUUACUACGAGAUCUUGAACUCUCCAGACAGAGCUUGCCAUUUGGCCAAGCAGGCUUUCGACGAUGCCGUCGCCGACUUGGAAACUCUUUCUGAAGACUCAUACAAGGACUCCACUUUGAUCAUGCAGUUGUUGAGAGACAACUUGACUUUGUGGACCGACUUGUCUGAAGCUCCAGCACAGCCAGAGGAACAGGAACAGCAGCCAGCAGAGACUAAGGCUGAAGAAGAGUAG